AUGGAUUGGUCUGUAUUCAUAAGCAAAAGACAAGCAAUUAAAUCUAACAAAAUUAAUGCAUUAUACAAUCAAAAUGAUACUAUUUCAACAACGGGUAAAGAUAAAGCUAACACAUUGAACAAACAAUUCCAUUCAGUUUUUAUACAAGAAAAUGAAUUGGAGCGCUUGCCCUUCUUUGAAUCUCAAUUGGUCAUUAAACCAAUAGAAAACAUAAAUUUCACAAAUGAUAAAGUGCAAUCCAAUAUAUUAAUAUUUAUUCCUUUCAAAGUGGUUGGUGGGGAUGGAAUCAGCCCUAACGUCUUAAAAAUGUGCGCAGGAACAUAUUCUUUAACAUUGCAACUAAUUUUUCAGGUCUCCUAUAAUAGUGGAUGUAUUCCAAAUGAUUGGACUAAAGCAAAUGUUAGUCCUAUCCUUAAAAAAGGAAGUAAACUAGAACCAUCUAAUUACAGACUAGUCUCAAUCACAUCGGUUCCAUGCAAAGUCAUGGACCAUCUUAUAUGGCAACACAUAAACAACCAUCUAACAAUAAAUAACUUAACCACCAAGGAACAACCAAUCUACUCGAAUGCUCAGAUUUGGCGACAAAAUGUAUAG